CGAAGUUCAUCUUUCGUUGCUUUAAAUACUAGCACGGUAAUUGUACACGUGACAGAAGCAGUCUAGCAUUACAAACUUACGGAGGUAACCGUUGAAGCUUUAUUGACAAAUGACAAAAUUACAAGAUAAUAAGUUAAAUAAGGGAUAUUGAUAUAAUAUACAAUUGAUACCGAUUUCUUUCACGAUGGGUUUGGGAGAAUUACAUCAUUAUUUGUUCGAAGAACUAUCGGUCGAACAAACUCGCAAAUGGCCACUUGUGUCUUCGCCAUAUCCACUGAUGCUAAUUACUUUUGGAUAUAUGUAUUUUGUUCUUUAUGCUGGUCCACGUUUAAUGAAAGAUCGACCGCCAUACGAGUUGAGAACCUUUAUACUAAUUUAUGACGUGAUUCAAAUUCUGGCAAACUUAUGGUUCGUCAAACAGCAUGUAUCUUAUGGCUGGUUUUCAGAAUACUUUUUCAUAUGUCGACCGUCUAAUUCAAAUUCUGUUAAUGCGAUGAAACUGUUUAAUUUGGUAUGGUGGUUAAUUUUUCUAAAACUUUUCGAUUACGUCGAAACUUGUGUAUUUGUACUAAGAAAGAAACAAAACCAAGUUUCUGGUUUACACGUGUAUCAUCAUGUAUCUAAUUUAAUAUUUCUCUGGUAUUAUUUGAAGUAUAUUUUGGAUGAAAGGGGAACAUUUAUUUCACUAAUUAAUUGUGCCGUGCAUGUAAUAAUGUACAUAUACUAUUUCAUUGCUGCAUUGGGUCCGGAACUCCAACAGAUGAUAUCUCCUAUUAAACCACUUGUAACUAAACUGCAGAUGGUCCAAUUUAUCGUGAUAAUAGUGCUUCUACUGCAAUUUUUAAAUUCCAAUUGUGAAUCGCCACGAGGAAUAGUACCUAUUUUUAUUGGAAAUCUAUUCCUAUUUCUAUACUUAUUUUAUGAUUUUUAUAAAAAAAACUACAUUAAAUUACCUAAACAGAAAGAUAAUUAAGAU